ACGGCGGCGUGCCUGCGAGAUGGCGGAGGCGGAGUUGCGGGCGGCCCUCGAGCAGCGCCUGGGCGCCCUGGCCAUCCGCACGGAGAUCGUGGAGCACCCUGAGGUGUUCACAGUUGAAGAAAUGAUGCCUCAUAUCCAGCAUCUGAAAGGAGCACAUAGUAAGAAUCUUUUUCUUAAAGACAAAAAGAAAAGAAGCUAUUGGUUGGUGACAGUUCUUCAUGAUAGACAAGUUAAUUUAAAUGAUCUUGCCAAGCACUUAGGUGUUGGGAGUGGAAAUCUGCGGUUUGCUGAUGAAACAGCCAUGCUAGAAAAACUAAAAGUUGGCCAAGGUUGUGCAACACCCCUGGCACUCUUCUGUGAUGAUGGAGAUGUGAAAUUUGUUUUGGAUUCUGCUUUUCUGGAAGGUGGACACAAGAAGGUAUACUUUCAUCCAAUGACUAAUACUGCCACCAUGGGAUUGAGUCCUGAAGACUUUCUCAGAUUUGUGAAGACAACAGGACAUGACCCCUUAAUAGUAAAUUUUGAUAAAAACUGAGCUGGUGGGGGGGUGUGUGGAAGGGUGGGUAGAGCUCAGUGUGAAUCCUUGCCUAGACAUGACCUAGCGAGACCCUAGGUUUGACCCCAGCAUCACAAUGGAAGAAAAAAAAACAAAAAAAAAAACCUA